AUGAACCAACCCAGGACGGGUGGUACAACUACCGAUAAGGAGAUGGUCACAAUGGCGGAGGAAGAGCUAGCUCGCUUACACAGGCAAUUCCGGAUAAUGGAAGAGGACCGAGUCGCUUUCUCCGACGAGACAAGAUCGAAGCUAGAAAAACAGCGGGGGAUCAUCCAAAGCUUGAGGAACGAGAAGCAGAAGGUCCUAGAGGACAUCACGGUGGCCACCUGCGCUAACCAAAAAAGGAAAGAUCUGAAGCUCACCAAUCACAUCUAUAAGCUGCUGGAGGAUUACGACAGGUACUGUAGGUUAGUCGAGGAAGAAAAGGACAACAUGGGGGAGCUUGAGGUCCAGAUAAAAAAGUUAGAGCAGCAGAUUAGAACCCUGAGACCGAAAUCUGCCGUAACUGACGAAGUGUACCAGAACCGCCUGACUUCAGGGCAGCAGGCCAUCAAGACGCUUCAAAACAGACUGGACAAUGCCGUAAAGAAGUUUUGCUCCCUCUUAACGGAGAACAAGAAUCUCAGGGACGACAUAGACCACCUCCUGAAAGAAAUGAACCACUACAACUUGGUGUGGGAGAAGUUGAUAAAAGACUUCAAUUCUGGGAAAAAGUACAUGGUAGAUUUGAUAGAACAGGCGACUUUGGCGUUUGAUCAACGAGAAGAAUGGUGUUCCAAGCUGGAGGCUUUGAAAAAGAGGGCCCAGUACGAUUUCAUAGCACACUCGGAGGAAAUGCGCGAGGUACAAAGACAACUAGACCACGACCUAACGCUGAGGGAAUUUUUGAUAGUGAAGGGUCAGCGGCGCAUCCUGAGAGACUUGGAAGAGAAAGAAAGGAAGAAGAAGGAAUUUGAGGCACAGAACCUGGAAAACCAGCUACGUCUGUACGAGGACACGCUAACGCAGAUCAAGCGAUUUUGCCAGGAGGAAGACAUCCAGCGCAUCGCCUCCCAAUUCGUCAAGCAAGAAGAGGAGAACUUUGCGCUUUUCAAUUACGUCAACGAACUGAAUCACGAAAUAGAAUCGCUCAACGCCACCCUGACGGACUUGAAGGAAAAAAUUGACGAACAAGUGGAGUUGAGUCAAGUCCGGGCCAAAGAACGCCAGGCGACCGUGAAAUCGCUGGAAUACGACUUGAGCGAAGCCACGAAAAAGGCCGAUGUGGAUGAAGAUGCCGUGCGGGCAGCAAAGAAAGAAUUGGAAGACGUCUUGAGUGGGAUAGAAGACAUUUUCACUAUCCUCAGCUGCGAUAAAGCCCCCAUCUUGGAGCUAUUAGGCGACAGCUCGGGGAUAAAUUUAUACAACAUGAAAAUAUAUUUGGGCACCAUCGAAAAACGCCUAUCGGCGUUGAUAACGAAAGUUUACUUUGCGGAAAAAGCGAUGUUGACUCAGACGAAGAAGUUUCAACAGGAAAACAUAACGGAUUGCAUCUAA